CCUCUUCUUUCUCCUUCUCAAGCAAGCUUUUCAAAUCAGAACGAUAACAACCAGAGAAACACAAAACGGAAACAGAUGGACACCACUGAAACGAUAUCGUGUGGAGAAAAUAAUCCAAAGCCAUGGCAAUCUUAUCAUACUGUCUACACUAACGCUAAAGCUGGAAUGGAGGGAGUGGAUAAAGAGAAAGUGCAAAGAAUUGUAUAUGAGAUGAGCAAAGGAUCAAAGUAUUUUGAGAAUGAGGAAAGGAAGGAAAAUUAUAUGAGACAAAAAAUUGAAAACAUGCGAGCGGAGUGCGCGAAGCUCACACCUGCGGAUUUAUCUCAUUACCAGAUGGUAGCUGAUAAAAGAAUUUUAGAGCUAGAAGAUACACGUGAUCUUUCAAGGGUUUGGGUACAUGUAGAUAUGGAUGCUUUUUAUGCAGCUGUUGAAACAUUAAGCAAUCCUUUGUUAGAGGGAAAGCCAAUGGCUGUUGGUAGCUUGUCUAUGAUCUCCACUGCUAACUACGAGGCACGGAGAUUUGGAGUUAGGGCUGCAAUGCCGGGUUUUAUUGCAUGCAAAUUAUGUCCAGAGUUAAUUUUUGUUCCCACAGACUUCAAGAAGUAUACUCAUUACAGUGAUUUAACAAGAAAAGGUUGGUUGAUAUGUUUCUUAUGCAUAUUUCAUGAUGCAAAUUAUAAUCAUAUGCAUAUCCUUGACAUGCAUAUACUUUCUUUUGUAGUUUUCCAGAAAUAUGAUCCCCAUUUUAUGGCUGCUAGUUUGGAUGAAGCAUAUCUUGAUAUUACUGAUGUCUGCAGAGAAAGGGGUGUUACUGGUCGAGAAAUUGCCGAAGAGCUCAGAACUGGUGUAUAUCAAGAGACUGGUCUAACAUGCAGUGCUGGGGUGGCCCCAAAUCGCUUACUUGCGAAGGUCUGCUCAGAUAUAAAUAAGCCAAAUGGACAGUUUGUGUUACCAAAUGAUCGGACAGCAGUCAUGACUUUUAUAUCCUCACUUCCUAUACGAAAGAUUGGAGGCAUUGGAAAGGUCACUGAACAUAUUCUGAGGGAUGUUUUAGGAAUAAAAACAUGUCAGGAGAUGCUGCAGAAGGGUGGACUCCUCUGUGCAUUAUUUUCUCACUCAACAGCAGACUUUUUUCUCUCUGUGGGACUGGGACUUGGGAGGACAGAUACCCCUCAAGUCAAGUUACGGAAAAGUAUUAGUAGUGAGAGAACGUUUUCUGCUACAGAUGAUGAGGCACUUCUUUAUCGGAAAUUAGCUGAUAUUUCGGAGAUGCUAUAUUCUGACAUGCAAAAAGAAGGACUUCGUGGUCGGACAUUGACUCUCAAAUUGAAAACUGCAUCCUUUGAGGUUCGAAGCAGAGCUGUGACUUUGCAAAAAUAUAUUUGUUCAAGUGAAGACAUAUUGAAAUAUGCUUCAAAGCUGCUAAAGGCUGAACUUCCUAUCUCUUUAAGACUGAUAGGCUUGAGGGUGUCUCAUUUCAAUGAAGACAAGGACCGCGCUCCAUCUGACCCAACACAAAAAACUCUCUUGAACUAUGUUGUAUCAGGAGAUGCAUCUAAGAAAAAUGUGGGUGGUCAAAGCUCCUCAGACUCAGAUUGUAGUGUUCAGCCCUUCAUGGAUGACAUGGAAACUGCCUUUUCUACUGACAGCUAUGAAAUUCACCAUUCUGAAAUUAGAAAUCCAUUAGACUGCAAGAUUGUACAGGAUUUGGACAAUCAUCAUUGCACAGUCAGCAGUAACUUUGAAGCCGAGGAACUUCACAAAUCUUUAAGCAAGAAUGCUGCAGAGAAUGUAAAUACUACAGAUAAAGUAGGGAGUAACUUAGAUGAAACUGAAGUGCCAGAAGUGAAGGAUGUAGACUCUUCUUUGCCUCAGCAGCUUGACAGGAGUAAUCCAGACGUGAUAAACAAGGAGGUCAUAGCUGGCAGCGAGGCACAAGAUGAAUUAGUUUGGAUUGAUGACUACAAAUGUUCAUUCUGUGGAAUCGAAAUGCCAUCAGAUUUUGUCGAGGAAAGACAAGAACACUAUGAUUUUCAUCUUGCGGAGAGGCUUCAGAAGGAGGAAUCUAGCAUCAACUUGAGAACUUCUACACAAAGGCAAAGGGUUGUAAAGGCCGCCCGAAUCUCCAGCCAGAGCACACGUAAGAAGCACAAACCAUCUCCAAAAGAGAGCAGUCAUCUUUCAAUUGAUAUGUUCUUUGUCAAAAGCAAUCGAAAUUUCUAGGGACUCAGCCUUGUAUCUUUUGUUAGUCCUGUACGUAGAUUAUAAAUCUGUAUAGCAUAAAAAACAUCAUAUUUAUCCAAAGAUUACAUUUACCAAUUUAUUAACUCUAGUGAUGUGAUUGUAAUUAAUGGUUCAAACUCAAUAAAAGCUUCCUGUGUUUCAAACUUACAA